AUGCAAGACAAAUCUUUUAAGACGACUUGGCCAUAUCUCAAAACAAGUCUCGUUAUGGGGCCACAAAAAAAAACACACACAGUGGUGUCCGAAACGUAAUUACACGAGACACAUUCAUCAUGGAAUUGCAUUCGCUUCAAAAAGAUUAAAUUGACAGAAAAAACACGAAAAAGUAUUCAUAAUUCCCCUAAUCCGGCCAUAAUUUAUUACCGUUUCAGAGGCCACGACUGUUGGGGGUAAGUUUGAGCGAUUCGUAUACGAUACGCAGUGUCAGAUGGGCAAUCAUGUGUAGCAUUUAGGUAGUAGUGGGUCCUCGCCCGAUUCGACGGAUUCUUCUGGAAAGGCUACGGACUCUACGGAUUCAUCUGGGGCUAGUACUGAUUCUAGUGGUGCUACUGAUUCUUCUGGAGCCAGUACUGACUCUACCGACUCUUCUGGAGCCAGUACUGAUUCUAGUGGAGCUACUGAGUCUUCUGAUUCUACAGAUUCUUCUGGAGAAUCUACAGAUUCUACUAACAAUAGCGAUAGCACGGACUCUACUGACUCUUCUGGGGCUAGUACUGACUUUAGUGGAGCUACUGAGUCUUCGGAUUCUACAGAUUCGUCUGGAGAGUCUACUGACUCUACAGACACUUCUGGAGCCAGUACGGAUUCUAAUGGAGAAUCAACGGAUUCUAGCGGUGUUACAGAGUCUUCAGACUCCACGGAUACCUCUGGUAACAUAUUUUUAUUUUUUAACUUGUUUUAGCUUUAAAAAAUUUAUUAAAUAUUUUAAAAUUUUAAAAUUUUUUAAAAAAAUAUUAUAUUUUUAAAAAUUUUAAGGUUCAGGCGACUCAACUGACUCAUCAGGCAAUUCAGCAACCCCAGCUGACGUUACUGGCUACACAGGCAUAGAAUCUGGUUCAGAAGCCACUCAAUCAUCAGACAGCACUGACUCCAGUGGCGACAGUACGGACUCGACAAGUUCUGGGGAAGAUACUGAAGCUACAGAAGAAACAGGAAGUGGAGAAUCAACAUCAAGUGGGUCUGAAGCUACAGGAGAGCCAGUGUCUUCUAGUGGAUCUGAAGCCACAGAAGAACUAUCGUCAGGUUCAGAUGCUACAGAAGAACCAUCAUCAGAUUCAGACGCUACAGAAGAACCAGUAUCGUCAAGUGGAUCAGAAGCAACAGCAGCAUCAGCACAAUCUGAAGAGCCAACUGGUGCUUCUGGUACAGUAACUGGAUCUAGUGGAGAUGAUGUUGCUACUACUGAUAGUUCUAGUGGAUUAGAAACAGAAGGAUCUGCUACAAAAGAGGCUGUAACAAUAGCAUCUGAAGCAACAUAUGAAACAGAAAGUGCAUCUGAAGUCAGCGCUUCAGGACAAGCUACACAAGCCGUCAGUUCAUCUGGAGAAGUUUCCGAAGCUGUCAGCAGCUCAGGAGAAGUAACAGAAGCUGUUAGUUCAUCAGGCUUGGUUACAGAGAGCGCUACAGAAGCUGUAAGCGCUUCAGGAGAAGAAACUGAUGUUGCUACUGAAGGCACAGAAGUGGCUACACAAGGAACAGAAAUAGUUACUGACGUCAGCGCUUCUAGAGACGUUACGGAAGCUUUUAGUUCAUCAGGAGAAGAAACAGAAGCUGUAAGUGCAUCAGGUGAAGUAACAGAAGGUUUUGUCACAAACGAAGCUACUGAAGAAGCAACUGGAGCUGUUAGUGCUUCUGGGGAGGCUACUGAAGACGCUACUCGAGCUGUCAGUUCAUCUGGAGAAGCUACAGAAGAAGCUGGUGCUUCAGGAGAAGUUACUCAAGAUAUGGCUUCUGGAGCAGCAACGGAAGAAGCCACGGAAGCCAUCAGUGCAUCAGGAGAAGCCACAGAAGCAGUUAGCGAAGUCGCAACUCAAGUCAACGAUGUUACACAAGACAGUGCUACAGAUGAAGCUACAGGAGCAGGUGUUACAGAAGCACUAACAGAAGUAGCAACAAAUGAAGCUACAAACGAUGGUGCAACUACAGAAGUCAACGAAGUAACAGAAAUUGAAGAAGUCACAGAAUACGUCAGCAAUGCAGAAGAAGUUGUCACGAAACCAGUACGUGUCGUAUCCAAGAAGUCAACCACACCACACAUCAGAUGGAAAACAACAAUCAUCUACAAGAACCGUACUCGACCUACCAUAGCCUGGAAUGACUAUGGCUACACUCCAACUGACGGUGUUCAAGUUGUGAGUGAAGUCGUCACAGAAGCCGAGCCAGCCUUGACUUCAGAAGCCGUGACGGCUGCGGAUGAUGUAACUGAAGUUAGAAUAGUAACUAGAGAACUAACUAAACUAACUACUGAAGAAUACCCCAAGUUGACGGCAGAAGCUGAUGACGUUACAGAAGUGAAUGAAGUGACAGAAGAGUUGACAGACGACCCUAACGGUGUAGAAUACCCAGAAUUGACUACUGGACAUCCAGAAGAAGUAACGGGCGUUGACGAUCUGGUAGAGGAUGAUGACUCUAGUGGGGAUGAGUAUGAUUACUGUAAGUCGUUGACUAGACUAAAGUUUUUAUUUGGGUAGGAUAGGGUAAGGUAGGGUAGGGUAGGGUAGGGUAGGGCAGGGUAGGGUAGGGUAGGGUAGGGUAGGGUAGGGUAGGGUAGGGUAGGGUAGGGUAGGGUAGGGUAGGGUAGGGUAGGGUAGGGUAGGGUAGGGUAGGGUAGGGUAGGGUAGGGUAGGGUAUGUAAUAAUUUUUCUUUUCAGCUGACCUCUGUCCCAACGGCUACCGUGAAGAAUCCCAAAGUGUGCUUCCAUCCUCGAUCACUGCCGGCUCCGAAGCCGGUUACGUGAACUACGACUCAGAUUGCCGCGACUUAUGCGACGAACAACGGAAUACGACCUGUGUUGGUUUCAUGUUCCAGCCAGAAACAAACGGAAAAUGCACUUUGUUUGCGUACAAGUUUAACGGUUUUACGGUCAGCAAUGAGACAUACGCCUCGUUGUGGUUCAAAUGUUAA